GUGUCAGUCUGUCAGAGUUGCAUGUGAUUAUUUUGUUGAGGUUAAGAGUGGUGAAGUGAUAAACCAUUUUCAAAAUAUUAAUCAUUUCUUUGAAACAAAAUAAUCCAGUAUGUCGAAAAUGAAGAUUAAAGUUAUUAGUCGUAAUCCUGAUGAUUAUCUGCGUGCUACAAAACGGGAUAUCCACAAACCUCGGAACUAUGAUCCAACUCUGCAUCCUCUAGAAGCGCCACGUGAAUAUGUUCGUGCAAUGAAUGCUGUGAAACUCGAGAGAGUAUUCGCUAAGCCCUUUAUAGGCAACCUUGAUGGACAUAGAGACGGUGUUUCCAGUCUUGCCAAACAUCCAAGCAGACUUGCAGUUCUCGCUAGCGGAGCUUUUGAUGGUGAAAUUCGUUUAUGGGAUUUAGCUGUAAGAAAAUGUACACGAAAUUUUGUUGCUCACGAAGGCUGGGUGCGUGCCCUAUGUUUUACACCCAAAGGAGACACAUUUACCAGUGUUGGUGAUGACAAAACUAUUAAAACAUGGAAAUCUGAAGUGCAAUCUCCUGAUGAUGAAGAACCUGUUAAUACUUUACUCAGCAUGUCAGUAGUCACUGGAGUAACUCAUCAUAGAAGUAAGCCCAUAUUUGCUACAUGUGGUGAACACUGUCAGUUAUGGGAGAAUACAAGAAAUGAGCCUGUGAAAGUAUUCAAAUGGGGAGUGGACAGUCUUCAUCAUGUUUCUUUUAAUCAGGUUGAACAAAACUUGCUAGCAUCAUGUGCAAGUGAUAGGAGUGUAAUUCUGUAUGAUUGUCGUGAAUCAGGACCUCUGAGGAAAGUAGUUAUGGAGCUAAGGUCUAAUGCAUUGUCUUGGAAUCCAAUGGAAGCCUUCAUAUUUACAGUAGCUAAUGAAGAUUAUAAUUUAUACACCUUUGAUGUAAGGAAACUAAGACAACCUAUAAAUGUGCACAUGGGACAUACAUCAGCUGUCAUAGAUGUGGAUUAUGCACCAACUGGAAGGGAGUUUGUGGCUGGAAGCUAUGACAAAACUGUGAGAAUAUUUGAAAGUCUCAAAGGAAACUCUAGAGAUGUGUACCACACAAAGAGAAUGCAAAGACUGACCUGUGUUAAAUGGACCUUAGACAAUAAGUACAUACUAUCUGGUUCUGAUGAAAUGAACAUUAGGAUGUGGAAAGCUAGAGCAUCAGAAAAACUUGGUGUGCUCAAGCCUCGUGAAAGAACAGCAUUGAAUUAUGCAGAUUCAUUGAAGGAGAAGUUUGCCAACCAUCCACAAGUGAAACGUAUAGCACGUCAUAGACACGUACCAAAACACAUCUUGAAUGCACAAAAUGAAAUUAGAACUAUUAAACAAAAGGCUAAGAGGAAAGAAGGCAACAGACGCGCACACAGCAAACCAGGCGCGAUUCCCUUCGUGCCAGAACGACAAAGACAUAUUGUUAAGGAGGAUGAAUAAAAACUUUUAUUUUUAAUAACUGUUUCAUUUUGGUAAUAUUGUUAUUUGUUUGAAUCCAAACAUCAUUUAACAAGUUUCAUGUCAGUAAUAGUAGAUAUUUAAAAAAGAAUUUCUUUUUUGCUUUAACUUACAAAGUAUAAUAUAAACAGGUAUAAAUGAAAUACCAUAAUAACUAAAUAAAUAUUUAACAUAAAUGUGAAGCUCCUUCAUAAAUAUUCAGCUGCAUUUGCUAAUAAUACUUAGUAUUUUUAACCAGAUUGGUUGAUGGGCCUGCUGAUGCGGUUUGGCAGUGUCAUAAGGCGGAUAUCCAUGAUUAUAUCACGAGGGAGUAUUGAAGUGUCGAGGUUGUGUUCCAGUACAACGAGGAUGCAUAAAGUCUUAAGAGAUGGUUGAUAAUCUAGUAGGUGCAGAUCACUGUUGUCAAUUAAUCUCUCUGGAUUGUUGUCCACAUUCUCUGGGAUACGAUUACUAUUACCAGGACAGGGGCUUGUCCCACCAAAUAGAUACACAACGUCUUUAUGAAUUAGGCAUGCUUGACGUCGUCGCUUACAAGGCACUGAGCCACCUACAUUAAUAAAUUGCCAGAUAUUCUCUUUAAUUGAAUAUCUAUAGAGAUCAUUGAAGUGUGUCUUGGAGUUACCAUUGAAGCCGCCGAAAAUGUACAUGUAACCUUUGUAGAGCCAAGAUGAGUGGCUACGUCUUCCUUCGGGCCAUGUGCCACCAGGAUUCACAGCGACCCAUUUCUCUUCGACCGUAUCUAAAUAGAAUACUUGUGGGCAAUAUAUUUCUUCUUGCGAGUUGUAAGGACUGUUUAAAUCCCCUCUCCCGCCGAAUAUGUACAUUUUCUUGUCUACUGCAACAGCAGUGUGGAAGUCACGAUGUGAUGGAGCUGUUCCUCUAGCAUCAAUAUAACUCCAUUGAAGGGUGUCAAGAUUUAGACAGUGCACUUCUUGGGAAUACUGAUCUGUGAGAUAUUCAAAACCUCCGAAAAUGUACAUUUUGUUGCCGAUGACACACGCUGAGUGUCCAUCUUUGGCAUAAGGCACCAUCCCCGAGACUGCUGGCGUAGUCCAUUCUAAUGUUUUUGUGUCAAAACAGGACAGGGUGUCACAUGCUACAGCAUUGUUUCUGCCUCCCCACAUAAAAACCUUGUCUCCAUAUGCGACAGUAGUAUGGCCAUAUCUUUGAAAAGGAGCAACAUCUGUUCUUUUAUAGUUGACUGGUGCCCAUCUCAGCGAAUUUGUGUCCAAAACAUGGACUGGAAUUGGCUCCCAAUCUUUAUAUUCUUCAGUGGAACAAUAUCCACCGAAGGAGUAUAUUUUAUCGCCGAUGCACACCGCUGCAUGAUUUACUCGCAUGGGACCACCCUCGAUGUGCACCGUCCAUCUCAUAUUGGGAAGUGUUUACAAACACUAAUCGAUGAUAAAAAGCGACGUGCUGCCAAGGAACCGAGCUUCAAUCGUAAUGUACAGAAUACAAUUAAAGUAUGAAAAAAAAUACUGCCCCUGUUAUAUAUUUUGUUGACACUUGACAGUUUACUGAAAAAGUUAAUUCUAUUGACAUUCACAUUUUAUUGAUUUAUCGUAGUAAAUGUCAAACGUGGACUGUCAACUGCAACA